AUGUCCUCCAAACUCAAAAACUUCCUUUAUCGACUAUAUCCUUUACAGUCAUUUAAAUUACUGGCAAAGACCAUUCGUUCACCUCCAAAAACAACACCACCUGUUCCUUUACCCAAUCCAGUCGAUAGUGUCAACCAAAUCACACGACUCUUGACGACCAUUCACUCAUCGCCAUGCCAUCCUAACGAGACGUUGGAAAAAAAGCUUGGGUUUUCGGUUCAUACACGUGCUUCAACUAUCGCAGGAGCAGGGCAAGGUGUCUUUCUUCGAGGGCAAUGUGAUGCAGGGCAAGUGGUGUGUCUAUAUCCAGGCACAGUGUAUCAACCUUUUGAGCCUCUUUUGUUUGUCAGCAUUGCCAAUAGUUAUAUUCUCAAAUGCUUUGAUGGUAUUUUCGUUGAUGGCAAAAAGACAGGCUUAUCAGGAUCGGUUUACAGAUCAUUGUAUCACAAAGAAAAUUGGCCAGGAGCUAUUCAAACCAGCGAUGCUACAUGGAUGGAAGACAAUGAGCUCAACAAUCCACUAGCUAUUGGGCAAAUUGUGAACAAUGGUAGCAAACAUCACCUUCCCAAUGUCCAAUACCAUGAAGUCGAUCUUCCACCAAGUUUCCCCAUAGAAUUGCGACAAUAUAUACCCAAUAUUUACUGGAGCGGGCACGAUCCAUUGACACAAAAUACUCGAGUCGUCGCAUUGGUAUCCACAAGAAAGAUCAAGGAUAAUGAUGAACUUUUCUCGACAUAUAUGGAAUCAAUAUAG